AUCAGUUGGCCACUCUCAAAGCGCACAGAUACACACGACAGAUGCAGUAUCCUACGUCCCCGUGCUCGAUCGACGAGAGCUUCGUGUCGUACUCGGAGAGACUGCCGUCGCUCCACAUCCCAACGUCGCCGUCGCUGCUUCGUCGGCAAGGCACGACGGCUGCCCACAAGAAGCGAUACAUGCACAACUGGGAGAACAUAUUUGGUCGCCACACGAGCAAGUACUCGGCUCGCGGGCUGUGGGACUUGAUCAAGAAAGAGGGCAAAAUUGUCCUCUUCCUCGUACUGCUGGGGGCCACUGUGUCGGUGCUCGACUACGGCAUCAACGAAUCCAUCAUGGGGCUGCGGUGGACCCAGGCCAAGCUGUUCACGUACCUGGAGUCUCAGCAACCGACAAGUCCUGAUGAGGUAUGGAACUACUCGUUGGGCGGGGCGAUAGCGUGGGGCUUGGUGUUUGCUUUGAUUUCAAUUUCGUGGACCCACUACGUCGAUCCUUUUGCAGCUGGGUCGGGCAUUCCCGAGAUCAAAACCAUUCUGUCUGCCGACCAACGUCAUGCCCCCGGCCGAUACCUUCGCAGUCGCACGUUAUUUGCCAAGUCGAUCGGCCUGGCCACCGCCCAAGCUAGUGGCCUCUCGGUGGGUAAGGAAGGGCCGUUUGUGCACACGGCAUGUAUCAUCUGCCACCAGUUGAUGAAACACUGCGCGUUCUUCCAUCGCAUCUAUCGGAACGAGUCGCUGCACCGACACAUGUACAACGCAGCGUGCGCCGUGGGCGUGGCGUCGACGUUUGGCGCGCCGAUUGGGGGCGUCCUCUUUUCGAUCGAAGUCACAAGCUCGUUCCUGCUCCUUUCGAACUACUGGAAGAGCUUUGUCGCAGCCGUGAGUGGCUCGGUCAUGAAGCAAGUGCUUGAUUACAUCACCACCCAAUCCCAACAGCGCCUCCAUUCCUUCCAAGCACUUUUCCCCACCUCGUACAGCGACAAGUCGUUUGGCCAGUUGGAACUCUUUGCGUUUGCCUUCCUGGGGGUGCUGAUGGGGGUACUUGGGGCGACGUACGUGUCGAUGGCCACGCGGUUACGCCGCUUCUUCGCCCCGCUCAACCGCCGGUUUCCCCUCUUGUGGGGCGGUUUCAUUUCCGUGGUCGUGACGGUCGUGGUGUUUACGCCCGGCCCAUUCAACCACUUAGGGGUGUCGGACACGCUGAAAGAUCUGUGCAGCCCCACUCCCCUCGGACCCAAUUGGCAAUGGCAGGGCAGUGUGCUGGGCCCCCUUGCGGUGAGCGCCGUGUCCAAGAUCUUCAUCACGCUCUUAUCCGUGUCGCUGCCCAUCCCAUCGGGUGACUUCAUCCCGCUGUUUACAGCUGGCGCCGCAUGUGGUCGAUUGAUCGGAGAACUUAUUAUAUUCAUCUUUCCCACCGUGGACAUUGUGCCUGGCGGGUACGCGCUCGUGGGCGGCGCGGCGCUGGUCGCGUCGUCGACGCACACAAUUUCCGUCGCAGUGAUUGCGCUCGAGCUGACGGGGCAAUUCAUCUACUUUACACCCCUGUUUUUGGCCGUGUUGUUGGCUGGAGGCAUGGGGAAGGCCCUCAGCGUCUCGAUAUACGACAGUGUGAUUAUCUCGAAGGGAUUGCCGUACUUGCCCAUGCUGUUGUGCCACGAGCUACGCGUGGCCAACGUGUGUGCGAGAGAUGUCAUGGAAGACCAGCUCACAUGUCUUCCCAACCGCACGACCAAAGGCGAGAUCCGAGCGCUCCUGAAACGGUUCAGCCGAAGCAGUGUGCCCGUGGUGGUCGAUCGGGGCAGCCGUCUGUUCUGUGGAUGCGUGGCCCGCGAAGACCUCCACGCGCUACUCGCCGAGGAUGACCAUGAUGGUGCCUCCAACCUUCCGACGGCAACUACUGGUGGUAUGUACAUGCGCCAAACAGAAGCAGGUAGCACCAGCACGAUGGUGGUGGACGCAGUUGACGACGAUCACGUUGUCGUGUUGUCCGAUGUGGUCGAGAUGAGUGGCAACGUGCUGAAAGUGGACGAGGACACCCCGUUGGAAACUGUACACCUCCUCUUUGAAAUGCUCAAGUGUGCCAAGUUGUUUGUGACCAAGUUUGGCGUGCUGGAAGGCGUCGUCACCCGCGCGUCGAUGCACAACCGCCUCACGUACCUCGCCCCGCCAGACCCCUCGGCACUGAUGCAGCAACCCGUCGAACGACAUGACGACAUGGUGUGCUAGAGGUGCUAUGCAAAUCACACUGUAUAUACAUGCAGAUCAACAACUGUACAUUCGACGAACGAAUAGUUAUGUAUCCGCCUGUAAAUCACCAUCGUUCCAUUGCGACUGCCCUCGCGACCUGGAAUAGGGAGACGAAGCCAGUCCGUUGUUUCAC